GUUGACGGGCUUCAAAGGCGAUGAGGACCAGGACGACGCGGAGAAGGAGGAGGAAGUGGUCGGCGGCAGCUACGGUCCCCUGCUGCCGCCUCCGGCAGAUGAGCCCCCGUCCGCCUCCGAAGAAGAACCAAGUGAGAGCGAGGGGGAGAGUGGAAUGCAGGGACAGAAGAGUACUGGAGCAUCGACAAUGACCAUGGAGUCGGGCGGUAAUUUUGCCUCCCACCCCACAAACUACAAAGAGUCAGAUCCAAUUCUGAUCAUUGACAAGUCUAAGCCGACGAAGGCGUCCUACGUGGGACCUGCAGCCCAUUUCACGCCGCCUGGACAAAUUCAGUCCUCGGAGGAUGACGAGUCGACAGAGGAACCGGAUUUAUUUGAAGAGAAACUGCUUCAAAUAGAAGUUUCGGAUAAUAAAUCAGAAAUAGAGCAGGGGCUUUUAGAACUGAGCGAGGAUGAACUGUCUCCGAAACCACUGUCUAGGCGGAACAAAAUUCGAAAGUUCUUCCGGCUGAAACCCAAGAAAGAACUCACCGCUCUCGAAAAGUAUCAGAAAAAGAAGGAUAAGGAAAGACGUAAGAAGAAAAAAAAGAAGAAGGGUGAACCUUCGUUUAUUCGGAAACUGCGUGGAGAUGCCAAGAAGGCCUUUGAGAAGGAACUGAAAGAGUCGUUCUACGUCACGGAGGAGGCAGAGCUUGACGAGGGCUUCAUUGAAAAGCUUGAGAUAUACGCAAUGGACCUGGAAGAAGUGCCAGCCUUCAGCGGAUUCUCUACACCCAUUCGAAAUUUCUGUUUAUACCGUGGCAAACAGGAAGAUGACGAUGUAACGGCUGAAGAGCGUGCCGGUAACCUGAUGCUGUACCCCGUCGAGGAGAACGAACCCAUGCCACAGUCUGUUCACGAUCUCAAGUGCUUCCCAACCCUGCCCAAAUCGGAAUACGCCAACGUGCUCGUUCGCGUCUACGUAGUCCGGGGCUUUAAUCUACGUCCGAGCGACCCUACGGGUACUUCAGAUCCCUUCCUGGUUGUCAGUCUGGGAAAACAGGUCUUCAAUGAUAAAGAUAAUUAUAUAAAGAAAACACUUAGACCCACCUUUGGAAAGAUGUUUCAGUUUGACGCGAAGUUCCCAGUGGACACGACGUUGCAUGUUCAGGUAUAUGAUCAUGACAUUUUCGGUUCGAACGAUCUCAUCGGGGAGACUAUUAUCGAUCUGGAGGCACGUUACCACAGCCCUCACCGGCCCAGAUGUGGACUUACCAAGAAUUUCUAUAGCCACGGUUAUGCACAGUGGCGCGAUAGUCAACCACCAACAAAGCUUCUGGAAGAGCUCUGCGACAAGUACGACUUGCCGAAACCCGUCUACGCGCAGAUCGAGAACUGUGUGUCGGUCGGAAAGCAGAAAUUCUUUGCGGACAGUACCAUCGUGGACGAAACAGGUAGAAGCCUAACUAUAUCUUCCAUGUAUAAUGAAUAA